AUGACAGUUUUUAAAAAUAAAAAAAGAUGUAUUGAUCUAACAGAAGAGGCCGAAGAGCCGUUAGAUAGAGAAGAAAAAGAAGUAAUUCAAGUUCUCUGUUCAUCUCCAAUAUCUAUUUCGUCUUUUUUAAAUGAAAAUCAGACAAGAAACAAAAAUAUAGAUAUUUUAUCAUCUAAUAUAGAAGAAAGCAAAGAUUUAAUACAAAAAACAAAUCUUAUACCUAAAAAGAAUAAAAAUGAAUAUGGGGUGGUUAAUGUAGUGGAGCCAUCAUAUUCAUUAUCGUUUGAAAAUAAUUUUAGUACAAUUUAUCAAGAAAAAGCGGAGGAUACAACAUUUAUAGUUAAAGAAUCACCUAUUGGGAGGUUUAAGGAAUACGCAUCACAGUUUGCAUAUCAACCGAAAGGAAAUACGAAUAUAGAAGCUAAUGAGAUGAUACAAAGAUCAGAUGUAGAUGGGUAUGCUAAUUCUUUAUCAAAUAAAUAUUUAAUACAAAAAACGGCACAAACAAGAGAUGACACAGAAAAAAAAUUAGAUAAUGACAUGUUCCUAAAAAAGAAAGAUUUUUUGAGAAGAAUUUAUCCACAUCUUCCGGAAUAUGUUCUUGAAAACAUGAUAUUAAAACCAUCACCAGAUUUUAAUAAUAUGACGGAGCUUGUAAAUUUAGAAAAUGUAGAUAUUACGAAUCUGAGAUCAUCACCAAUAGGUAUACAAGAAAAGAUAACAUCUAAAAGAACUUUACAACAUUCUCGUUAUACUAUUCGAGAAAAACAUAUCAAUUCUACCCAAAAUCAAAAUUACAUCACGCAUGUCCAUGGUACGGACAAAUUUGUUCAGAAAAAAAGACUUGUAAGGGGAAUAUCUCGUACGAAAAAUCAAAAAGACUCUUUUUCUGAGUCAGAUGAUUCUUCAAUAUCUAAUGAAGGCAUAAAUGAUAAUAACCAAUUAGAGGAAGAAACAUUAAAAUUUUUAAAUCAAAAAUCGGCUAAAGAAAUAGCCGAUUUAGCUAACUGUACUCUAGAAAUAGCAGAAGAAAUCAUACAGUCCAGACCUUUUAAAGACAUUGACUCAAUAAAAGAAAUUCGAAGCAAAUGUAAAACAGAUGAAAAAGAUAGACGAAAAGAGAAAAAAACUUUGGGUAUGAAAGUCUUAGAAUCAUGCAUGGAGAUGUUGGAAGGUUAUAAGGCUAUAGAUUCUCUUAUUUCUAAAUGCGAUGAGUUAGGGAAAUCUAUUUCUAAAUCAAUAUCGAAUUGGGGAAUAAAAAUUGCCCCAGAAACAGGAGAACUUAGCAUUGGUAGCGACGAUAUUGAUAAAAUUCAAAUAAAUGAUCAAGAAUAUAUAAAUCAACAACCAAAUCUUAUCCCUGAUACGGUUAAAUUAAAACGUUAUCAACUUUUUGGUGUAAAUUGGUUAAAUCUUUUGUAUAGAAAAAAAUUAUCUGGAAUAUUAGCGGAUGAAAUGGGGCUUGGGAAAACAUGUCAAAUAAUAGCAUUUUUUGCACAUUUGCUAGAAUUGGGAAAAUCCGGGCCCCAUCUUAUUGUUGUUCCUGCUUCUACAUUAGAAAACUGGCUUCGUGAAUUAGCAAAAUUCUGUCCAGCUCUUAAAGUUGAACCUUAUUAUGGAACCCAAAACGAACGUCUAGAUAUAAGAUACCAUUUGGAAGAAAAUCCUGACUAUAAUAUAAUAAUUACAACAUACCAAUUAGCUACUGGAAGCAAGGAAGACAGGACAUUUCUUAGACGCCAAAGAUUUGAUGUUUGCGUGUAUGAUGAAGGGCAUUUUCUCAAGAAUAGUUUAUCUGAAAGAUACAAACAUUUAAUGAAUAUUAAUGCUAAUUUUCGUCUUCUUCUUACGGGCACACCUCUACAAAAUAAUUUAAAAGAAUUAAUUUCUCUUUUAUUUUUUAUUCUACCAACAUUGUUUUCAGAAAAUAUUGAAAAACUAAUUACUGUUUUUAAAAUAAAAACAAUUAAUGAUGGUAAUUCAGGAUCAGCUUUACUUUCAGAACAACGUAUUAUGCGAGCAAAGUCAAUGAUGACACCAUUUGUUUUGAGAAGAAAAAAAAUACAUGUAUUAAAUGAUCUUCCAAAAAAAAUUCAACAUAUAGAAUUUUGUGAAAUGAAUAAAGAACAACAAAAUAUUUAUGAUGAAUGCAUUUUUACUCAAAAAAAGUCAAUAGAAGCGAAGACCUCAGGAGUUGAGUCCAAAAAUGAUAAAAAACGGACAUUUAAUAUUCUUAUGCAACUUAGAAAAGCAACAAACCAUCCUUUACUUUUUCGUCGAAUUUAUAAUAAUGUUAUACUCAAAAAAAUUGCAAAAAAUAUAAUGAAAGAACCGGAUUACCAAAAUGCUAACCAAAACUAUAUUUAUGAGGAUAUGGAAGUAAUGACUGAUUUUGAAAUACAUCAAUUAUGUAAAAAAUUUCCAUCUAUACAGUCAUUUGCAUUAAAAGGAACACCAUGGAUGAAUGCUGGAAAAGUAGAAAAGCUUAAAUAUCUUCUUAUAGAAGCAAAAGAAAGAGGAAAUAAAGUUUUACUAUUCUCACAGUUUGUGGAAACAUUAAAUAUUUUAGAAGAAGUUUUAGAAACUUUAAAUAUUGCUUUUACUCGUCUAGAUGGAAGAACUUCAGUAGAUACACGUCAAGAUAUCAUCGAUCAGUUUACUGAUGAAUCAGAUAUUACUGUUUUUCUUCUUUCUACAAAAGCUGGAGGAUUUGGUAUAAACCUUUCUUGUGCUAACGUUGUUAUUCUUUAUGAUGGGUCAUUUAACCCUCAUGAUGAUAAACAAGCUGAAGAUCGAGCACAUCGUGUCGGUCAAACAAAAGAAGUCCAUGUCAUCCGUUUGGUCACUAAAAAUACCAUAGAAGAAUACAUACAAUCAUUAGCAAACACAAAACUCGCUUUAGACUCAAGUAUUAGCGGUUUAGAUGAUGAACAGCUCGAAUUAAAAGCUGAAAUAUAUGUUAAAAAUUUAAUUGAAAACCCUUCUUACCAAAAUUUUACUUUAGAAACUUAA